AUGCCUAGCAACACCAGCCACAUUCAGCAGCGUGCCCAGCUCAAGCAGCACGACGAUAUCGUUGUACCUCCGACUGAGCAGGCUGAGUGGGAAAACGUUCAGAACGAGCGUGUCUUCAUUCCUGACAUCCACUCCAUGCCAGCACCAAACGUCGUCAAAGGUCAUCCGACUCCUUAG